UCCGUCAUUGCUGUCGAAAACAGUGAAAAAUGCAAUGGCGAUAAUCGUACAAUAAAAAUGUUAUACUUUAUACAAAUAGUACACAUAAACAAAUUAUUUUUAAAACGAUAAGUACACAACCCAUAACUUCUCUAGUUAAAUGGAUGAUAGUUUCUAAAAGUGAAAAACGAAGAUUCUUCAAAGGUUACGUUAAUAAUUAUUUAAGGGCGCAAAAGUGAAUGUUUCUUUUCUUAUCGAUUAAAUAAUUCCGUUUGAACGCAUACCAUGAGCAACAUAGGCCAGUUCAACAACAAAAACCCUCCGUGGGGACGAACUAACAAUUCUCCAAACAUUGUUAACCAACCGAAUCCUCUACAACAACAAAUCAUGAACCAAAGUGCCCUCAACAACAUGAACACGUCCGGAAUGGUGCAGUUUCAACAGCAACACCAACAGCAGGUGUUUCAGAAUGCCAUGGGGCUUCAACAGCAGAAUAUUGGGCUCGGGCUGCAGCAAAUGGCCAACAACGCGAUGGGGGCUGCAGGUUUAGGUUCUCAGCUAGCCUCCAACCAGAUUUUCCAACAAGUCGGCGCUGUCACGUACCCCAAUCCCCGCGGCUUAAACCCGACGGCCUUCCAGACCCAAAACAUUUCGGCAGUGCCUCCAGUUCAGAACAACUCUAACGUAGGCACCAAGCAGAGGGUGUUCACCGGCACCGUAACCAAGGUCCACGACAAUUUUGGUUUCGUGGACGAAGACGUCUUCUUUCAAAUAAACGCUUGCGUCAAAGGCUCAAACCCUAUGGUGGGCGAUAGAGUUUUGGUUGAAGCCUCGUAUAAUCCUACUAUGCCUUUUAAGUGGAACGCUACCCGAAUUCAAGUUCUUCCAAUGUCAAAUCAACCUUCGGCUAGACAUUCAAAUAAUUCUAAAAAUUAUAGCAACUCCAACUCAAACGCGUACAAUGCCGUGCCACCCCCGUCCGAUAACUCGAACGGAAAUUUCGGACGGAACAAUCAAAGACCGAAGGCGGCUCUGGGUAGAGGACGGGAAAGGUCGCGGGAUAGGGAGAGGGAAGAGGACGAAAUCGAGCGGAAAAGGCGGCGGGAAGAGCGCCUGAGGGAGAGGGAAAAGGAAGAGAAGAAGUCGCCGUUGAGAAGGAGGUCUAGGUCGCCUAAAUCGAGGCGUCGGUCGAGGAUUGUGCCACGCUAUAUGGUCCAAAUUCCAAAAAUUGCCUUGAAUUUGUCUGAAGCCGACGUUCUAGAAAUUCGCCGACGGUACACUAACCUCUACAUACCUUCCGAUUUCUUCUACACCCAUUUCCGUUGGGUGGAUGCCUUUCCUCCAGACAAACCCUUCACCAUGAAUAAACCCAGCUUUUUUCACAUCAUGAAUAAGGAAGUCGAUCCCGUUGUUGAAAACGAUGCAAUUCUUGAACCUCCCGACGCGGAUUAUCUUUUUUCUGCUAAGGUCAUGUUGAUGAGCAUGUCGGGCUUAGACGAACUAUACCAAAAAUGUUGUGCCAUGGCAGAAGACAAAGAUAAAAGAGACCGCGAAAGCGAAGAACGAGAUUUCGUACAUCCGGCACGUUUGUUAAACUUUUUAGUAGGUUUGCGUGGCAAAAAUGAAACCAUGGCCAUCGGAGGUCCUUGGAGUCCGUCUUUAGAUGGAGAAAAUCCUGACAAGGAUCCGUCGGUUUUGAUCAAAACGGCUAUUCGUACCUGCAAGGCUCUCACCGGAAUCGAUCUGUCAAGCUGCACACAAUGGUACCGGUUCGUGGAGCUGUAUUACCGGCGCAGCGAAUCGACCCACAAGGGCAGGGCCGUACCGGCGCGGGUCGAAACCGUGGUGCUCUUUCUACCAGAUGUUUGGAGUUGCGUACCUACCCGUCUGGAGUGGGACGGCCUCCACCAGAGCUACAGGAAGCAGCUGGAACGCAGGCUGAAAGCCGACCUGGAGGGCGGCGACGACACACCGCCAGCUGACGAAAAGGAAGAAGAUCCGCCGAGCGACAAGCUGGAACCGACGCACUAUUCGCAGCUCGAUCCAAAGACGAUGGUCGUCAGCGCUUUGCGGAACGAGCUCAAAGCGAGGAACGUCAACUCGAAGGGUUUGAAGUCGCAGCUGGUGGCCAGGCUGGCGAAGGCGUUGAAGGUCGAAGCGGAGAAAGCGGAGGACCCGUCGAAGGAGGUGCAGCAGGAAGUGGAUUUCGACACGAGCGCUGAUGAGAAGAAAGUCGAGGUGGAAGAAAAGAAACUAGACGAGAAAGAAAAAGCCUUGCUCGAGAAACGCUACAGUUUACCGGAACAACAACACAUCCUAGUACACCCAUCUCGCACAGCGAAGUCAGGAAAAUUUGAUUGCACAACAAUGUCACUAUCAUUGCUCCUAGAUUACCGACCAGAAGACACAAAAGAGCAUUCGUUCGAAGUGUCGUUGUUUGCGGAAUUGUUCAACGAGAUGUUAAUGAGAGACUUCGGUUUUAAUAUCUAUCGGGCUUUGUUCGAGCUCCCGGAUAAAGUGAAAGAUGAUAAAAAGAAAAGAGAGGAGGAGAAAAAAGGUGGUGGUGAUUCAAGCGACAAGAAAAGCGACGAUGCUAAAAGUAAAAAGGAAGACGACAAGAAAAAGGAAGAGGAGAAAAAGGAGGAGAAGGAAGCGGAUGGUAAAGACCGAGAUAAGCGAUCUGAGGAUGGCACUAAGGAGGAAAAAAGAGAGAAAAAGGAGGAGUUGGAUAAGAAGAAAGAGCAGAAGAGGGAUGAUAAGAAAUCGGAUGAGAGUGAAGAAGAUGAGGAAUACGACGACGACGACUCAAAGGACAAGAAGAAGGAUAAAGAAAAGAAGAAAAAGGAACGGGUUAAAAUGUACACCAAAGAUAAGCAUUUAUUGUUGUCGUUUAUUUAUUUCGACCAAACGCACUGCGGAUACAUUUUUGAUAAAGACAUAGAGGAUUUGUUGUACACUUUGGGUUUGAAUUUGUCCAGAGCACAAGUUCGAAAACUCGUUGGUAAAGUAGUAACACGAGAUUCUUUGCAUUAUCGGAAGUUGACCGAUAAACCUAAAGAUAGCAACGAGUUCAUAGUUAUUGAUGAUGCGGAGAAGGAGACAAACUUGCACGAUUUAGCUAUAGGAAAUAGGAAACUUCUUCCCACGUUUAUUGAUGACGAACGUCCGGCUAAGAGGAUGAGGAUGUGUGGAUCAGGAAACGAUGAAACGCCAAGUUCGGAAGAUGGGUUGGUGAUGUACAGAGGUGCUUUGGUCGAUGUUGGUAAAUUAAUGUCACAGUUGGAACGUAGCGAAAAAGCUCGUUUAGAAACAGAAAGUCGAAUGGUCAGUUUGAAGAGCGAAAACAAUAAAUUAACAGAGAAAUACAAUAAGUCAAACGUUACAAUAAAACAUUUAAAUACGGAUGUUAAAGAUUAUAAAGAGAAGUUAAGAACGACUGAAGAUUCCCUCAAUAGAAUUACUGCUUUUUCCAAAUUGUAUCAAACAACCCUGGCAGAAAUUAGAGAAAAAAUCGAUCCAGUGUUGAGAAGUACCUCGACGAGUAAAGAAGAGCCGCUUGUCAAGAAGGAAAUUGACAAAGACAAGAAACAUGAUGAAUCAAAAACAAGAUGGGAGAAGGAAGUAAAACAAGAAGAUGUUUUAGAAAUAGAACCAAGUGAAGUGAAGAAGGAAUCAUAGGAUGUGUUUUCUAUUUGUUUUUAAUUAGGCGCGAAGUUGACAAAGUGAAGCACUUGCUCGUGUAGGAUAAAUAAAACUGUAUGAAUCA